AUGGAGCCUAACGCAUCUGGAAGCGCUCGCCCCUUUGUUGCUUCCCGCCGUAACAUCACCUUCCUUCGCGUGGACGUAUCUCGACUUGCGAAAGCAAAGCCGAAGCUCGCUGAACGCAUCUUUGACGAAACUUGCAAGCUCCUUGAGACUGGAGAUUUGAUUCGACCGGAUCCUCGAUUUAUCAGAUCGCUAUCUGAAGUUGAUGAGAUUGUGUCACUCGUUGACGAUGGCGAAGCGCCCAGCACGAUGAUUCUGAAAUUUGACCCCUACGCUCAAGUUCUACUGCGCCCUUCCAAAUUACCUGAACUAAAACUCAACAAGCAGGGAACCUAUAUUCUUGCUGGAGGUCUGGGUGCACUAGGCCUCCAGAUUGCGGACAUGAUGUUCGAGCAUGGUGCUGGGCAUGUCGUCUUUCUCUCAAGAUCAGGAGGAGAGAAGAAUUCGGCAGACUUGGAUUUCUUCCGCCAACGAGGGCUGGCUAUUGAUGCUUUCAAAUGCGAUGUGUCGAUUUCAUCUCAAGUCGAAGAUAUAGUUCGAAGUCUCCAGAGGCAAGGGCGACUUAUCCGGGGUGUGAUCCAAUGCGCAAUGGUGCUAGAGGAUGCAAUCUUUGAGAACAUGACGUACAACCAAUGGCAAAGAUCAACUCUCCCCAAGAUUCAGGGCACAAUGAACCUUCAUCAGUCCAUUCCCCGAGACGUGGACUUCUCCAUUCUCUUCUCCUCAAUCACUUGCGUCAUCGGGAAUGCUGCGCAGUCAAACUACGCCGCAGGAAACACAUUCGAAGAUGCAUUCGCUUAUUUCCGUCGAAGCCAGGGCCUCGCUGCUACCGCAAUCGAUGAUGGUUUAGUGACCGACUCGGCCCACUUCACUGGCGACUUCGAUAUAGACGCCUAUCUUCAAAUGUACGAGCAUCGGUGGGAUGGUUUGCAGACCACUCAGCCAGAGCUCGAUGCUGUCCUUAAAGCUGCCAUGCGAGGUCAGACAUCAGACGGCAAACCUAUCGAGCCACAGAUUACCAAGGAUCCGAAGUUCAGUCACCGGGUCAGUCUCGCCUCGGCCAGUGGCACAGGUUCCCUCGGCGGACAGAAAACUCCUAUGGAACGACUUGCACAAGCGGAGACUGCUCAAGAUGCGGUGAUCAUUGUAGAAGAUGUCCUCCGAGGCUUUGCAGCACAGAUCAUGGACGUAGCGGUAACGGACAUUGACACAGAGAAGGCUUCCUAUGACUUUGGAGUCGACUCAUUGAAGGCUGUUGAGCUCCGGAACCGCCUAUUCCGCGAUGUGCAGAGCGACAUUUCGGUAUUCGAGUUGUUGAGUCCUUCACCUCUGUCGAAGUUGGCGUUGGAUAUUGUAGGCAAAAACAAAUUUGCAAAGGAAAAGUAGAGAGGUGGAUCGGGAAGAAACAGGCUCAUAGCACGUAGAAUCAUG